AUGGUCUCUCUUGUGAUAUGGAUGAGACGUCUCUUUCCUUCAAAGAAGGAGCUCCAUUUUGACUCUUAUCACUUUUCGCCUUAUCAGAAACACAAGAAUAAAGCUCUCCAAGAAUUAGACAGUCUACCUGAAAUAAACAAUGACAUCGACACUUUUGAGAAGGCCCUUCUUCGACAAUGA